GAUAAAUAUUUGUGGAUAAGAAUCUCCAAUGUAUGCCACACACACGAAACUCACUAAAAUACUAUUAACAUUUUUUCAUUAAUCACAUUACAUUGCAUCACCAUAGUUAUAGUUUAUAACAUUAACAAUUGGUUUCUAACUAUGCACACCCAACUCAAAGCUUCCUUCAACUGCUCAAUUGAGAUAGUCUUGAUAGAAUAAUCAAGGAUGAGACAUCUCCUUAUGAUGCUAGGAAUAUAGCUAGUCUUGCAGCCAGAAUCUGAUUCUGGCCAGGGUAGAAAGGUUGUUUGCUGAGGCAUUCAGAAGCAGUCAAAUAUAGAUUUCAGAGAAUCUGAUCAAGUUUAUUCAUUGUCAUGGAUAACAGCCAGAAGGUAGCCCUCAUGAGUAAUGAAAACGCUAAAGAUUUAUCAGUCAUGGAGCUGAGGCAGUACAAGAACAAUCAAUCAAAAUCAAGCUCUACUCCAGAAGAAACAUGCGAUCAAUCGCGCUGUCUUAUCUGUACGGAGAACAACAGUUGUAAAACAGUUUAUUCAAGAACCAAACUAAUGGGUACUUUGAUUGGAAGAGGAAAACCGCAAGAAGCCGAGACCAUCUUCAACAGUUUGACCGAAGAAGGACAUAGGCCAACUAUUAUAACAUACACUACUCUUGUGGCUGCGUUAACGCGUCUAAAGCGUUUCAAGUCUAUUCCUUCACUUCUUUCUAAAGUUGAAGAGAAUGGAACGAAGCCAGAUUCAAUACUUUUCAAUGCCAUGAUCAAUGCGUUUUGUGAUUCUGGUAAGGUACAUGAAGCGAUGAAAAUCUUUCGGAAAAUGAAGGAGUGUGGAUGCAAACCAACAACUAGUACUUUCAAUACUCUCAUUAAAGGAUUUGGAGUUGUUGGAAGGCCUAAUGAAGCAAUGAAACUGCUACAAAUGAUGUGUCAAGAUGGAAAUGUGAAACCAAAUGAGAGAACAUAUAAUAUUCUCAUCCAAGCUUGGUGUACCAAGAAGAAAUUGGAAGAAGCAUGGAAUGUUAUGCAUAAAAUGGUUGACUCCGGCCUGCAGCCAGAUGUUGUCACGUACAACACACUUGCAAGAGCAUAUGCUCAGAAUGGUGAGACAUAUAAUGCUGAAAGGUUAAUAUUGAAAAUGCAGCAGUAUAACAAAGUGAAGCCUAACGAACGAACUUGCGGUAUCAUCAUAAGCGGUUAUUGUAAGGAAGGUAACAUGACAGAAGCCUUGAGAUAUCUCUACAAAAUGAAGGAGCUUGGAGUGCAUCCAAAUCCUGUAGUUUUCAACUCACUUAUCAAAGGAUAUUUAGACAUUACAGAUACAGAUGGAGUAGAUGAGGCAUUGACAUUGAUGGAAGAAUUUGGGAUCAAACCAGAUGUAGUGACAUAUAGCACCAUCAUGAAUGCAUGGAGUUCAUCAGGACUUAUGGACAAUUGUGAGGAGAUAUUCGAUGACAUGGUGAAAGCUGGGAUAGAACCCGACAUCCACGCUUACAGCAUCCUUGCGAAAGGCUACGUACGUGCCGGGCAGACAGGUAAAGCAGAGGCUCUUCUGACUUCAAUGACCAAAUACGGUUUACAACCAAAUGUUGUGAUCUUCACUACCAUAAUCAGUGGAUGGUGUGCCGCUGGCAAAAUGGAUCGCGCGUUUAGACUUUAUGAGAAAAUGCAAGAAAUUGGAACUCAGUCGAAUUUGAAAACUUAUGAAACUUUAAUAUGGGGGUAUGGAGAAGCAAAACAACCGUGGAAAGCAGAAGAGUUACUUGUUACCAUGGAACAAAGUGGCAUAGCUCCUGAAACGUCCACUAUCCAGUUGGUCGCUGACGCUUGGCGUGCCAUUGGUUUGUUGAAAGAAGCCAACAGAAUUCUAAAUGGUUCAGAGGAAGAAUCUGAUCUAGAUGAAAAUUUUGAUAGUGACGAGAUACCUGUGCAGAACUUGGAGAGAAUUGAUAAGAAACAAAAACUUGGUGCUUCUUCUCUGUCUAAUCUACUGCAAAUGCCUGAUAUAGUGGUAGCUCAUCCAGAAAGAACCUCUAAUGGAAACAUAAAAAGCCAAAUGAUAGUCAAAGCAUGUGACACUAUGCGAAACGCUACCACUUCCAUUGUUUUUGCUCGUACAAAAUUGUACGCAGUACAGCCAUUGAUUAUAAGUAGGCAUAAAAUUCAACAUCAGAUUAUUAGGCCUUUCUUUGAGUGUUGCAGAUUAGUGUCAAUACAUUGUUGAGAUUAUUUUUCUGGUGUGGUUAUCUCAUAUUGAUUUGUGAUGAAACACAAAAUCAUAUUUGAAUAUAUAUUUUUUGCUUCCAUGACAAUGAAUUCUGUUCUGAUAGAGAAACUGUAGAUUUUAUUCAAGGACUUCAGAAAUCAGAACAUACACUUACAGUUAUGCCUAAAUUAUGGUGUAAAUUAUGUUUGUGGAC